CGUGUACUAAUCAAACUCAAAUAUAUCACCGGUGCGUUGUGUCCGACAUGUUUGAAAACUGUUGCCUAGCAACGGGACCUAAACUUUCUAUCGAGGCGGUUAGCUGCAAACUUCACCCAGACGAUAAGAAAGGCUGUGAGGAUGAGCGCUGGACGAGCCUCCGAGGGAGUUGGCUGUAUCACCUGGUGGGGCUUCAGUCCCGCCCUCGACCUGAUGCGGACAGGCCCUGUGAGACGAGAAGGGGAGGUCAAUGUUCUGCUGGUGGGCAGUGGAGAUCCACGACAUAUAUUGAAGACCAUUGCUGGUUUGCGGAGUGAAGAAAGCCUUCAUGUGUGGGUGAUAGAAAACAGCAUGGAGGUGGUGGCGAGACAGCUGCUGCUCCUCUACCUGGCACUGGUGCCACAGGAAAACAUGGGAUUCAAUGAAAAGACAGAGGUUUUCUUAGAGGUGUUUGGAAACAGUGAGAUCCGCAGUCAGACGGAGGAAACACUGAGACGUGCAGCAUCGCAGCUUUCUCUGUGUGUAACCGAAGCAAUGGAGACAGCCGCACACCCCUGUCUGAACACAACCCUCCUCAAGUUCAAGGAGCGAGAUGAGCUGGCCAGGAUAUUCAAACUGUGGAACCCGCCUCAUUCGCCAUCAUCUUCAUCCGAGGGUUCUGUUCCAAUCGUCAUGUCCAAAGUUUGGGAUUAUCGGGUCCGGCAACACCUUGGAACUCGCUAUGACUCCAGGAAAGGCUGCUUCGACUGGGACCUUACAAUGAAACUGCAUGAGAAAGGGGGUGGUGUCAUCAACAAACAACAAUAUGCGCAAUGGAGGGAACGGGGUUUGGCGUUUGAAAUGAGAGAAGGUGUCUACCAAAGUACCAAUCCAAGUUUGCUCUCAUUAAGAGUGUUCCAUCAGAAUGGCAAGAAAGUGGCUGUAAGAGGUUACUGGGGAGACAUAGUAUCCAGUCCUUACCUCUCCUUUGGCAUUGAAACGGAUGACAAGAGCCUACUCCAGACACAGAAUGGGCAACACAUUAAGACAGCCCAGGACGUCUCCUCUGCAAAUGUGCAGGCAUUGUUCCAGUGGCUGUCCAGUAGACGGGGCUGCCCCUCUGCUGCUCAGCCAGAGACGGAGAGGGAGGAGUCACCCGAACAGACAGACCAAAAAUCUGUCACCGUUAAUGACUUGAUGCGUCUGAACGGGAUCUCUGUGACCUUCCUGCCUCUGGAUUCAAUUCACAAGCUGCCAGAAAAAAAAAAAUACUCCCACUUCUUCAACACCAUCUACCUCGCCGCCAGCUGCGUGCACCAGCUGGACCUGACGAUGAAGCAGAUUGCAGCACCAGACGCUGUGGUUGUCAUGGAGUUGGCCAAGUACAUUUUGGAUCUGAACAAAGAGCAAGAAGCGAGCUUUGUGAAGAAAGUGGCGAGCAUCGCUCUGAAUGCUGGAUUUGAACCGUGGCACGAGGAGAAGAGUGACGACGUCCAUGCGGUUUUCAUACCACAGAAAGAGUAAAAGUGGCAACCUUCAGCACGGCUGUUUACUCUGCUCCCACUGUCAGCGUCUUCACAUUCACAACAGGCAACUGACGGACAGUCGAGGUGAUAUUGUUUCACAGCACAGACAAUUUACAAGAUCUUAUGAAGACGGAAUUGUUUUGUCCAUCACAAGGACAUUUUAACAGCUAAUGAGUUGCUAACUUUGCAAAGCAAAUUAUUCAUUUUACUUUCCAUGUUUGGAUUUUCAAGAAUAAUAAUCAGAUUUAAUUUCCCAUGUGAUUGACAUCGAUCAUAAGAGGUCCAUUUUAUUCAUACAUGCAUUUUAAUAAUCGCAGAUGCAAUUGCAAGUUUCAUAUAUUUCAUCAAAUAUUACACAAACAUCUACAAUAUCUGUCUUAGCUUAACUGAUGAACACUGCAAGCUCAUCCUAGCGAACGGCCCUCUUGUUUCUUUGUGCCUCCCGUGUAAGGUCACUUCCAGCGUCCUCCAACUUUCCCCUUGCCAUGGACCUUUUUGCUGCAUCGAUACAAGAAAAAAACUAUGAAACAAAAUCAUAAAUGACAGGUGUGUCUGACUGGGGAUAGAGAGGGAAGUAAUAAGUAGUUCCCUUACUGCCCCGGUCACUUCAUGUAAAUAACUCAGACAUUAUGCAUCCUGCAAAUUGCAAAGUGGCAAAUGUAAAAAAGCCGUGAGUUUGGCAUUUCCUGUGCAUAUGUGACUGUUGCCAUUCAUCUGUGGAAUAUUUGCAUUGUCGAUGCAAAGUAAUCCUCCACAAUGCUCUUCGUCUUUUUCUUUUCUGUGGUGUGUGCGUGUUGUGUCAUCAUGGACUGUGACGAGUAGAUGGACUCACAAUUUCUGAGCAUGCUGGAUUCUGUUGAGGAGAACAUUUAUCUAAAAAAAUAACAAAUAAAAUAAAUGAUAUCAAU